GCUUGGCUCGUAUUUCAGGGCUCGCUGUUCAAUCAGUAGACAAAAGCAGCAAAAGAAGUUCAUGCUAAAUACUUCGAGCAUUGAGCGUCGAGCAUCGAGCAUCGAGAGGGACAGCAGAUGCUGAUUUAUCAACUACAAUAACAACAACUAAUCGGCGUCAGCCACAACCGCAGCAGCUGAGGCAGCAGCCACGACCAUCGCGGCUCGGUCUCUGCAUGAACUUGAGCGCAGUCGAGUGACAUAGUUUGGUGGUUUUCGUAUAAAUAGUAGACGCAAUGGUGCUCCAAACGUCAGAUGCAGCCCAGCAGUUAAACUCAAAGAACUUCAGUAAAACUCGAGAUGCGUGUAUUCAUUGUUAUGUGCCUUGUGGCAGUUGCCUACGCCGACAAGCUGGGCUAUAACUAUCAGCCAGUGGGACACUCUGAUUCCGGCCUGUCCUUCGGCCCUGGUGGUGGCAGCAAUGGAGGUGGUGGUGGAAGUCUCACUGGUCUCUCAAGCAAUAACCUAGGUGGUAUCUCCGGAGGCAACCUUGGUGGUAUCUCCGGAGGCAACCUUGGUGGUAUCUCUGGAGGCAACCUUGGUGGUAUCUCCAGUGGUAACCUCGGCGGUAUCUCCGGCGGCAACCUCGGUGGUAUCUCCGGCGGCAACCUCGGUGGUAUCUCCAGUGGUAACCUCGGUGGUAUCUCCGGCGGCAACCUCGGUGGCGGAAACUUAGAAGCUCCAGUCUCGUACAAUGCCCCUGCCCCAGCUGCGGAAUUGCAGAAGGAGUUCUUCACCUACACCGCCAACGAACAGGAUUUCGAUGAGCCACAAGCUUUGGAGAAGGUUUCCAGCUCUCUGAACAGAGCUCUGCGUGUUGUCUUCAUUAAGGGACCCGAGAACCGUGGUCUGGAGAACGCUGCUCUGGCUCUGGCUAAGCAGGCCGCCCAGCAGGAGACCGCCAUCUAUGUUCUGAACAAGCAGGCCGAUAUUGGAGAUCUGGCCAACAAACUGAAUGCCAUCCGCAGCAACAACAACAACAAGCCCGAGGUGCACUUCGUCAAGUACCGCACUCCUGAGGAUGCCGCCAACGCACAGCGUGCCAUUCAAGGACAAUACGAUCAACUGGGAGGCUCUUCCCAGGCUCACAAUGGAGGUGUUGCUCCCGUUCUGAACUUCGCUUCCCAGGGUCCAGUGCGUCAGGUUAACGCCAAGUCGCCCGAUAAUUCCUACCUGCCUACCUCGAUUUUCCGUCGUGUCUAAAUUUACAGUUAGAUUUAGAUCAUAUGAAUGAUAAUGACAGCGAUCUUUGACUGAUUUUUAAACCUAGUUUUUGUUGAAUAAUGCUUAAAUAAAUUCCCUCUCCUACAUUUUAUUUCGAA